AUGUCCGCAGACCAUGCGCACGGCGUGGAGCACAGCGCUCUUCCGCACGACCUCGAGUUGAAGUGGACGCGCGCGACCUCCGAGAACCACACAGAACGACGUGACGGGCCGCCUCAGCUACCCAGCUUGUACAGCUACGAUACCCUCAAAAAGUUGAUCCACAAGCUGGAGAUGCCGAAGGAUGAUUCUGACCAGUCCUAUCGUGACUUCGAAGCGCACAAGCGCACCUCCUUUGUUGGCAAGCGCACAUCCCACGCCACACCGACGAUCUUUUCACCCCCCCUUCCUCAAUCGCGGCUGCGCAACAUCGUUGCUCCUUUCGAAAACCAGGAACAGGAGUCCCUUUGA